UUAGGUCAAUUUUUACACCGGUCUGCCAAAUGUAUUCGUUUUGAUUCAACUAUGAGGUUGCUGAUCACCAGGGCCGACGGACUAGGUAGACAAGUGCUACAGUUGUGGGGGGGCCCAAGGCAGAGAGGGGCCCAUGGGAAGUUUAGAUUUUGGUUUUAAGUAGCCUAUUUUUUGGUUUUUGUUCAAAUGGUUUAAUUACAUAACUACAUGUCACGAUGAAUAUCGAUCUAAAUGCAAGCUUUGCGUAUUAAUUUAGUACAUUAUUGUAUUCCAAAAUUCUAAACACCCCUUGCAAAAAUCGCAUAAUGGUUCAGUCCACACAACUGAUUUCACAGCUCGAUUGGGUAUUCCGCCCCCAACGUAGCCUUCCCAACUGAAUGCCUUACGGUAAGGCAUUCAGUUGGGAAGGCUACGUGCGCCGCAAAAGACUUUUAUCUGGAUGGAGAUGCGGCAACAUGUCACAACUACAGAAGUUAAAGUCUGGCUCUCAGAAGCGAAAGGAAAAGAAAGAGAGGGAGAAAAAACAAAAAGAAGGAAGUCAGGUUCUGACUAACUUCUUUACAAAGAAAGAAACUGUCACAGAAAGUGGACCAGCAGCAACAACCCCCUCAUCCUCCUCUGAUGCAGACUUGAGACAAGAUAUGCAGCAGCUUUCUGUCCCGGAACCUGAACAGAUUAAAGAGGAACAGGAGCUCUGGACCAAUCUGGAGGAAGAGCAGCUCAAAGGACUGCAGUCUGAAACUACAGACUACACGUUCACUUCUACCAGUGUGAAACAUGACUGUGAUCAAGAAGGCUUUUCUGAAUGUUUACAUCUUGACCAAACUGUUAAAGUGGAGAACAGAGAAGGAGACUCUCUACCCACCAACACAACCGAGGAGCAAAUCAAAGCAGAGCCUGAUCGACAAGACUAUGCAGCAUCAGAACCAGGCAGUGACUCUCAGCCUCUCUCUGUUGUAGCUCCAGACUGUCCUACAGCUCAGAGUUUGGAGGAGGAACAUGGAGGAGAGCUGCUUAUUCGAAACAGAACACAAAACAAUGAGGCUCCGCCAAGGUAUAUGUUGCGUUACAGAAGACAAACACUACAUCAGUGUCUAAUAUGUUACAAAACUUUUAGUGUAAAGAGGGAUUUGGUUUAUCAUGCAAGGAAACACACAGGAAAGAAACGAUAUCAGUGUCAACAAUGUAAAAAACAGUUUAAUAAGAGUUCUAUUCUGGUUGUGCACAUGAGAACACACACAGGAGAGAAACCUUUUCAAUGUCAGGAGUGCAGCAAAGGCUUUUCUCAAAGGCAAUAUCUGAUACAACACACAAGGACACACACAGGAGAGAAACCUUUUCAAUGUCAGGAAUGUAACAAACACUUCACUCAAAAAGGUAGUCUGGUUACACACAUGCAGAGACAUUUAUAUGCACCGUAUAAAUGUCAAGAAUGUAACGAAAAGUUCAAAUGGAAGUCACAAUUGGUUGUGCACAUGAGGAAACACACAGGAGAGAAACCGUAUCAAUGUCAGGAAUGUAACAAAAUGUUCAAAUUGAAGUCACAAUUGGUUCUGCACAUGAGGACACACACAGGAGAGAAACCUUUUCAAUGUCAGGAGUGCAGCAAACGGUUCAGUAAGAAGGGUAAUCUGGUUGUGCACAUGAUGUCACACACAGGGGAGAAACCUUAUCAAUGUCAAGAAUGUAACAAAAUGUUCAAAUUGAAGUCAUAUUUGGUUAUGCACAUGAGGUCACACACAGGAGAGAAACCUUAUCAAUGUCAGGAGUGCAGCAAAGCCUUUGCUCGAAGUCGUUCUCUGUAUAAACACAAGACAACACACAGGAGAGAAACUGCAUCAGUAACCACAAUGUAACAGAUCUUUUGCUGGGUGGUUGAGUAGGGGUGGGCAGUAUACCGGUAUGAAUGCUAUCGUGAUAUCCUUUCUCGCGUCAGCCCUCACUGAUGCAAGAAAGUAGGCCACAUAACUUUAUUCGUACAGCGUGAAUUAAUGUAAAAUACU